CCGCCUGGCUCUGCGCGAAUGGACGGUCCCGCGCUGUCCCCGGCCGCGGGGCUGCUGGCGCAGGUCAGCCAGUACAUUGACCGGCAGCAGGAGGCGUUCGUGCAGACCCUGCGGGAGUGGGUGGCCGUGGAGAGCGACUCGGUGCAGCCCGUGCCCCGGCUGCGGCGGGAGGUGACGCGGAUGAUGGAGCUGGCGGCAGAGCACCUGCGGCGCCUGGGGGCCGGCGUGGAGCUGGUGGACGUGGGCACCCAGCAGCUGCCCGGUGGCCAGAGCCUCCCGCUGCCGCCCAUCAUCCUGGCAGCGCUGGGCACAGACCCCGAGAAGGCCACCGUCUGCUUCUACGGACACCUGGACGUGCAGCCGGCCAGCCGGGAGGACGGGUGGCUCACGGCCCCCUACUCACUCACCGAGGUGGACGGCAAGCUGUAUGGGCGCGGGGCCACGGACAACAAAGGCCCGGUGCUGGCCUGGCUGAACGCUGUGAGCGCCUUCGGGGCCCUGGGCCAGGACCUCCCCGUGAACGUCAAGGUCAUCCUGGAAGGGAUGGAGGAGGCGGGCUCCGUGGGCCUGGAGGACGUGGUGCGGCGGGAGCGGCACGGCUUCUUCGCCAGCGUGGACUACAUUGUGGUCUCCGACAACCUCUGGCUCAGCCGCACCAAGCCGGCGCUGACCUACGGGACGCGGGGGAACAGCUACUUCACAGUGGAGGUGAAGUGCCGAGACCAGGACUUCCACUCCGGGACCUUCGGCGGCAUCCUGCACGAGCCCAUGGCUGACCUGGUGGCCCUCCUGGGGAGCCUGGUGGACCCCUCGGGCCGCAUCCUCGUGCCCGGGAUCUACAGCCACGUGGCUCCGCCGACGGAGGAGGAGCGGCGGCUGGACGCGGCCGUGGAGCUGGACCUGGGCGAGUUCUGCCGCAGCAGCGGGGUGGCGCGCCUCCUGUUCCGCUCCAAGGAGGACGUCCUGCUGCACCUGUGGAGGCGCCCCGCCCUCUCCAUCCACGGCGUCCAGGGCGCCUUCCACGAGCCGGGCGCCAAGACCGUCAUCCCCGGCCGAGUCACCGGCAAGUUCUCCAUCCGGCUGGUCCCCAACAUGGACGCGGCCGUCGUGGAGAAGCAGGUGAGGCAGUACCUGGAGUCCGUCUUCUCCCAGAGGAACAGCCCCAACCAGCUGACCGUCUCCAUGGUGCUGGGCCUGCAGCCGUGGGUCGCUGAUAUCCAGGACGGCCAGUACCUCGCAGCAAGGAGAGCUAUUCGCACAGUGUUCGGGACGGAGCCGGACAUGACCCGGGACGGCUCCACCAUCCCCAUCGCCAAGACCUUCCAGGACCUCCUGCAGAAGAGCGUGAUGAUGCUGCCCCUGGGGGCUGUGGACGACGGGGAGCACUCCCAGACCGAGAAGAUCAACCGGCGGAACUACAUAGAGGGCUCCAAGCUAUUUGCCGCCUUUUUCCUGGAGCUGGCUAAGCUGCAUGCAGACCGGGGACGGCCCGUCUCCCCUGCCCAGGGCAGGACCCCCUAGGGCAGCGCUCGGCCGGGCAAGUAAUGGUUCCACCCGUUUGAUUGUCUCAGCCCGUCAGUCCAGGCUGGGGAGAGCAUCCUGCCUGCAGAGCUCACACUGCGUGUCCCGCCUGCCUGCCGACUGCUCUCGGCCACCCCGCGAUGAAUGAGGCAGCCCCCUGCCUGGCUGCGCAGUGCUCAGAGCCCCCAGGGUCAGCACACCCCCCUGCCUGGCUGCCCAGUGCUCAGAGCCCCCAGGGUCAGCACACCCCCCUGCCUGGCUGCCCAGUGCUCAGAGCCCCCAGGGUCAGCAC